CGAUGCUGUCCAUUUCUAAAUUCUUGGGGCUUGUUGGCUUGGUAACUCCAGCUACAAGCUCCCCAACACAUGCCAAACGCGCUCCAACUAUCUACCUAGCUGGUGACUCUACUAUGGCGAGAGGAGGGGGUGGGGGAAAUACAGCUACAGAUGGCUGGGGAAACUUCUUUCCCUACUCCGUCUCUCUGCCCGUAGUCAACAAAGCAAUCGGCGGUCGCAGCGCCCGCUCCUUCACAGUCGAAGGCCGAUUCGACGAAAUCACCAGGCUUGUUCAACCCAACGACAUCGUCAUCAUCGAGUUCGGCCACAACGACGGCGGCUCUCUCUCAUCCAGCGACAACGGACGCACUGCCUGUCCUGGCGCGGGCUCUGAAACGUGCAAAAGUGUUUACAACGGGCAACAGGUCACGGUGCUCACGUACCCAGCCUACCUCAUCAACGCCGGCAGGGCCUUGACCGCCAAAGGCGCAAAAGUCAUCAUCAGCAGCCCCACCCCGAACAAUCCCUGGGAAGGUGGUGGUUUCGUAUACUCGCCGAGUCGCUUUACGACGUACUCGAAGAGUGCGGCGGCCAGCAUUGGGUCGAAUGCCUUUUUCGUUGAUCACGGGCAGUAUACUGCGAACAUCUUUCAGUCAUUUGGUAAGCAGAGGGUGGACUCUUUCUUCCCUAAUGAUCACACGCACACGAGCCCGGCUGGCGCGGACACUGUUUCGCGAGCUUUUGUCAAGGGCUUGCUGUGUGCUGGAGGUAGUUUCCUCUCUGGAUCCAUCAAGAACUCCACUGGCUCGGUGGAAGGAAACUGUAUCUAG